CCAGGUGCCAUCGUGUCGUUGUCAGUAACCGACUAACCGCAAAAUCGACAAGGAUUACAGUAAGAAAAGCUGAGUAAAUCAUGGAUACUUCGCCGAUACGAAACAUGAAGGACUCUUCAGAAACAUCCGAAUCGGAAUAUAGUUCAUCCGAUGAAGAGCUGCAGGAGGCUUUCGCAAAAGGAUUAUUGAAACCGGGUCUCAAUGUUGCAGUCGAAACGAAUAACAAGCAGUUUAAAAAUUGUGUUAAUCUUAUGAAGCAAAAGUUGAGUGAAAUAAAGCUGAACUUACCAUGGAUUGAAAGGCUAGAUAUGGUAAAUGCACCAGCACCAUUGGCGCCAGAAUUGGCUCUUCAAAUGGAGGAACAAGAAGUGAGACGGGCUAAACAGCUGCAAGGAAACAAGAAGUUACCUCAAUACAAAACAUCCCAAGAUCCUGUUUUAAAUGACUUUCGCAGGGAAACCAUGUUUCAUCGACAGGCUCAGGGUGCUGUUAUGGAUGGUAUUGCUAGAUUAAAGAAGUUAGGCAUACCAACAUUUAGGCCAGAUGAUUAUUUUGCUGAGAUGGCUAAGUCUGACGAGCAUAUGCAAAAAGUACGAGUAAAUUUGAUGAAGAAACAAGCAAUGGCACAAAGAUCGGAUAAGGUGAGACAAAUGAGACAACAAAAGAAAGUGGCCAAGCAGAUGCAAGUCGAAGCAACUUUGAAAAAACAUGCAGAAAAGAGAAAAGUGCUAGAAGAAGUUAAAAAGUAUCGUAAAGGUAUAAGACAGGAUCUUGAUUUCUUGGAAGAUAAGAAAAAACCGCAAAAUAAACAGCCAAAUAAAAUGAAUCCAAAGGCACAAAUGAAAGCAAAAAUAAAAACUAGUAAAUAUGGCUUUGGAGGCAAGAAGCGUCGUAGUAAAUGGAACACGAGUAGCAGCUCGGCCAAUGUUUCUGAAUACAGAAAACCACAGAAACCUGGACGAGGAAAACAGGGAAAAGGUGGCAAGGUAAAACCAAGACUAGGUAAAAAUCGCAGAAUACAAAUAAAAGCAAGAAGUAAAAAGAGACUUCAGUGAUUAUGGUAAGCUGGAUUCCCAUUUUGUGUGAUUGUAUAUACUUGAGUAACAAAAAAGUGCGACUGGACUUUUGAUCAAUAAAUUCUUUAUAUACAAUUA